AUGGGGGCGGCUACAAAAACAUCGAAAACGCCUCGUUCAAUGGCAAAAACGACCCCCUCUAGACAAGUCAUCACGUCCGCAUCCAAGAAGAAGCCUGCGCCGAACGCGAGCAUUCUAAGCUUUUUCAAGAAGGCUCCAGCGCCUGAGGAAACUUUGUUUGUGGGAAAUGAGGUUUCGGCAGCGGCUGUCGUGGCUGAAGAGGACUUGGAUGACGUUGAUGAUUCUACCGCAGAACGGUUCAAUGAGGUUGAUGUUCCGGUCAAAAGACGCAAGCUGAGUUGUGACGGCUUAGACAAGGAUACGCCGGUUCAUUCAGUUAUAAAAGAGGAAAAACAGAUCAAAAUUCCGAGAGCAGAAUCUCCGAACCCCCAACCAGCUCGAAAGCCCAGCAAAAAAGGCCCCUUUCUUGAUGACGACGAUUCAGACGACGACGACGAUACAGAUCAUGACAACAGACCAGGGAAACGAAAGGUAGAAUCGCCUAAGAAGAUUCCAGAAACAGCUAAAGAAACAAAAGCGCUUCAGCCUAAAGAAAGUCCGUUACCCGCAUCUCCCUCGACGAACCACAACCAAACUACAGGUCUAAUUCAGGAGGAGCAGGAACAUGACGACUUUGGCGAUAUUCCGGACGGAGCCGAGUGGGACGAUAUCGAAGAUGCCGACGAGGCAGGCGAGGAAGGAUUGGAAAGGCGGUAUAUGGAAUAUCAGGCUCGAAUAGAGGCCCAAGAAUCCGAGGCGGCUGUAAUCAAUAGCUGUGAUGAAGUGCUGGACCCCGUUGGCGGUGCAGAAUGUUGUCCUAUAUGCUCUUGCAGUUUGGCUGGAGUAACAGCUGAACAGGCGACUGUUCAUGUCAACAGCUGUCUCGAUGGAAAGCCAACACCGCUGCCCAACCAAUCCAAUUCAAACACUCCUGCACCCAAGACUACAAAGGACCCCUCACUAUCGCCGCAAAACAAGGUAGUUGAAUCCUCAAAGAUGAGCAAGCGAUUUGCUCGUGCAGCCAUUGCACGUCCAGGGCAGGCGAAUCCUAUUACACUUGAUGCGCCAGCCACCUCGGGCUCCAAUGGUAAUACGUCAGCAUUCUCCAAACUGAUGUCAGGUCACGCCGAGAACAACGCUUGGGCGGCGGCGGCGGCGGCAGAACAGUCCUCUCGCGGCAGGCAAGCUUACGAGCGCACAUGUCCAUUCUACAAGAUCAUGCCAGGCCUCUCAAUAUGCGUGGAUGCGUUCCGAUAUGGUGCUGUACAGGGCUGCAACGCGUAUUUUCUCAGCCACUUCCACAGCGAUCAUUAUAUUGGGCUGACUGCCAACUGGACCCAUGGUCCAAUAUAUUGCAGCAAGGUGACGGGAAGCCUAAUCAAGUCCCAAUUACGCACAGCAGCCAAGUACGUGGUAGAGUUGGAGUUUGAAGAGCGUUUUGUUGUGCCCGGGACUGAGGGUGUAGUGGUGACGAUGAUCCCGGCAAAUCACUGUCCAGGGAGCUCCCUCUUUUUGUUCGAGAAGACAUUAGGAAAAGGAAGCAGCGCCAGAGUACAACGCAUCUUGCACUGCGGAGAUUUCCGGGCAUGUCCUGCUCACAUCGCACAUCCUCAACUUAUGCCCGAGGUCAUUGACAGCAUAUCGGGCAAGAUCAAGAAGCAAAAGAUCGAUAUCUGCUACCUUGACACAACAUACCUCAACCCGCGCUACUCUUUCCCACCUCAGGAAGUUGUCAUACGAUCAUGUGCCGAAUUAUGCGCUGCCUUGAACCAUGGGUUGCAAGAGCAGGACGAAUCUGUAUGGACAAGGAUCUUACGCCGACGUGAAGGCGUCUCAGAUAAUGACGUGAGCCGCUUCUUCAUCAAUGGUGAAGGUUCGGGUUCAUCUCCAAACAAAAAAGGCAGUACGGGUGGGCGUGACAACCCUCCGAGUGCUUUGACGGCACUAAACCCAAAAUCACGCCUGUUGGUAAUUUGUGGAACGUACAGCAUUGGCAAAGAACGCAUCUGUAAAGCAAUAGCCCAGGCCUUGCGCACCAAAAUAUUUGCAUCGGCGCACAAGAUCCGCAUUAUUGCGCAACUGGGCGACCCCGAGUUGACGGCAUUGAUGACCUCGAAUCCCGCAGAGGCACAGGUCCACAUGCAGAUGCUCUCCGAGAUCCGGCCAGAAACACUCUCCGACUACCUUGCCACUUACCGCGCCCAUUUUGGCCGCAUCGUUGGGUUUCGUCCUUCCGGAUGGAACUACCGACCAGCGGGCACGGCUGCGAAUGCCAAUGCUUCCCCAUCAUCAGUGGCGAUGACGACUUUGCUGCAUGGCGGGAAUUGGAGACCGCAGUAUGCAUCCAAGGACCUCGUACCGCAGCGUGGAAGCACCAACGAGGCCAUGUGCUUUGGUGUUCCCUACAGCGAACACAGUUCCUUCCGCGAGCUGGCCAUGUUCAUCAUGAGUCUUCAUAUCGAGAAGAUCGUCCCUACCGUGAACGUGGGGAGCGAGGUAGGACGCAAGAGAAUGAAAGGAUGGACUGAUCGCUGGCUGGCAGAGCGUCGUAGGGGUGGUCUCACUAGGCUUGUGCGGGACGAGAACGGAGAGGAAGAACAGGCUGCUGAACAGAACUCGAGUACUCUCUGGGAUGGGAAAAGCAACCAAGGGGGUGUUUUGCGAUGGUGA